UCAGAGACUCCCAGUCUCUCCGAGAAUUGGCUUGAACAAACCUUCGGACUGCUCGCUGCUCGCUGCUCGGAGUAGUAAGGAGCUUCGGAGUCACAGUGAAUGCGACCAACGUCAUUAAUGUGACAGUGAAUGAUUCCCACACAAGAUCCUCUACCUCUAUAAAAAUGUGAAUUUUAACAUGUCUCUUCUCGCAACGGCCUCCACCUUCCUCUUAUAAUUUUAUUGAUUUUUAAUUUUGCAAGUUCGAGUGUGCCUACUAAUGGUGUAUUCACGAUAUAUACUUGGUACUUGUCAACAGCAACAACCCAAGUGUGCUUAAAGGAUGAUGCUUCUGAUGGUUCCAAUACUUCCGAUGCUGCUAGAGACAGUAAAGACAGUGUGCAGCAGCAGUAGUGUAAUACUAUCAGAAUUACGCCAACGACCACCCCCUAAUUGCUGCUGCCAAUAACCCAAUCAUUAUGAAGAUUAUUUGAUAAAGUUGUUGGGCAUGUUGUCCUUUUUUUUGUCUUGAUAGUCCAGACGUACGUGCACUUUAAAGUGCCGUUGUAAAGGAAAUCUCAGCCCUUUACUAGUAUGGGCAUUUUCUUAUUUAUUUUCUUGGCUAUAGUUGCAUUUGUUUGUGGUGUAAUAUGUACACUGCUGCUAGAGUAUUACUUUUUCAACAAGUACCUGAAAAGUGCGGCCGAGGCAAGUCCACCCAAGCACCCCACUCUGCCCGCAAGAGCUGCAUUACCAGAGGAGCUCGUCACUCAGCUCAAGGAUGAAAGGCCCAGUAGUUCUCCACGACAGGGACUGUCGCAAGGAAAUGAAAAUUUAGCAAUCAAUCUGACGCUACAGUUUCUCUUCAACGAGUUAAGAAAUGCAGAAAGAGUACGAUUGUGGCUGUACAGGAAGCUGAACAAUGAAUUUAAAGAGCUUCUUAAUCAAUCGACAACUGGCAAAUUGUUUGACAGUGUACAGUUGAGGGAUCUAAAUCUUGGUAAUCACUUUCCCACGAUCAAAGGCUUAGAAGUAGCGGAUGCAAAAAUAUGUGCAGACACUGGUUUGUUAGAGACCCUCGAUCUUUGCUUGGAUCUUCAUUAUUCCGGCAAUUUUCAAAUGUCCAUAGAUGUAAAACUACUGUUGAGCAAAACAGCCUACUUGUCGCUUCAAAUGAAAAGAUUAACGGGAAAAGCCAGGCUUCAAUUUACAAGAGUUCCCUACACUCAUUGGUCCCUUAGCUUUUAUACAGAACCAAUAUUAGAGCUAGAAGUGCAGUCACAAUUUCAAGGUCGCCACCUACAGCCACAAAUCAUCUCGCUAAUCACGGGUCAAAUUCGCCGAGCCAUUAGGCGAAAACACACGUUACCUCGUUACAAAAUGCGUUACAAGCCUUUUUUCCGUAGACUCAAUGACGAAGAUAUCGAUUUAUCAGAGGUCACAACGACUCGGCAGACUCCUGGCGUUUUGGAUGUAACAUUAAUAGAAGUCAGUAGAUUGAACAUUGACGCAAACUCGACAAGUGCUGAAAAUUUAUCCCAAACUGAGAUUUACUGCACACUAAGCGUAGACUCGACGCCGUGGGUGUGCCUCACGCAGUACAAUGGUAUUCCCUACAUGGUCCUUGAUUUGAUAAUUAGCAAAGUCAGCUCUCAGCAGCUCGGCGUCGUCUUCAAGCAAGAAUACAUUGCCGAGAUUGGCCAAAACUGCGUGAUUGUCGAGACGAUAGUGUGUAAUAGUCCGGCGGCGAUCGCUGAAAUGAAAAAGUUGGAUGUCAUCGUUGCCGUGAAUGGCAAGAAAGUUGCCAGUUUGAGCCAGGUGGCGAAACUCAUAAAACACGCGGCCCAAAGGAGAUUCAUCAUUCGCGUCGAAAGAAAGUAUUGCAGUGGAGAUCGAGAAUUGCAUUGUUUGCCGAAAACAAACGAACUGGACAAGAACAGCUGCUCCAAAAGACCAGCCAAGAGCGACGCGCUCAACGUGGAUGACAAUUUCAAAAGCGUAAAAUUUUCGGAUUUGCGAGACUUUGAUACAGAUUUAGGAGAGAAAAAUGACGCGAGCGGAAAAUUGUUCAUCAGACGCAGGAAAAGCAGUACGCAGGUGCACACCGAGGAAACGUUGGAUACAUCGGCUCCCGAAACGCCGUCCAGGAGGAUUUCCACGACCUCGUCAAAUUCAUCGUCGGGAACUUUGUACAGCGGCCAAUCUGGCGAGUCGAAUUCUCCUAACAUAACUGAUCUUUAUUACACGACAAAAGACAGAGAUUGCGCCUCGCUGAUAACAUUCGAGGAAAAGCGAACGUUUCAAAUAGAUUCGGAACUUCAGUACUUGAAUAUCGGAGUGUGGGCCAAGUCCAAAGGUACCGUAGAUACACAACAAAGCAGUCAAUCAAAAUUAUUGGGAUACAUUAAUACUCCCAUAAAGCUUAUCUUAGCUCAGUGCUCCACCUCUUCAACUGGACAUUAUUUAAAAUGCUAUGCUCUCUUACCCCCAGACUCGACAAGUCUAGCCAACUCGUCGAGCUGCUUUAAAUUGCACGGUUAUUCUGGGUUCGAUCCAACGUUGUGCUUUGGUGAUAUCUUGCUUUCUUAUUUGUGGGUUUCAAACCGUCCAAAUCAGCAAAAUGUCGAUAACACGGUUAAAAAGAGCGUCGAGGAAGCAACAAAAGCGCAACAACCAGUCGUCCUGUGCGAAGAAACCGUAAAUAAGAAAUUGCAUGAUUUCAUAAGAACUCACUUUCACAGGGCUACUCAUUGUGAUUUUUGCACUAAAAAGAUUUGGUUGAAGGAUGCGGUCCAGUGUCGCAAUUGUGGAAUGGUAUGUCACAAAAAAUGCGAGGUGCGUUGCCAGGCAUCGAGCUCCUGCGGAGCUGAAAAUCUAACGACAGCGAUGGCAUUCGAGGCAGAUGAGACCGAGACGAGCACCACCGAGCUAGGCCCCGAAAUAUCCCUCACGAGCUGCGAAGAGGACGUUCAGGGCGCGAGUAUGAUGGCUAUAAGGGCCAGCAUAGCUAACACCUUCCUGGGGCUGAAGAAGGCGGGCAGUACAAGUUGUUUGGCCCCGCCGACAGCCAACCCUGGUCUGGCCUCCAGAAGCCUACCCCCAAGUCCCUGCGCAUCACGCAAGAGUUCUCUCGUCGGCGGUGGCCUGGGCAUUAGUCCAGACUUGCUGGAGGGGGUGGAGCCGAGUGUUGCUGGGCCACUCAUCGCCGGCGAACUCGACGACGGUCUCAUGUCCAAGGCCAAGGAGACUGGAAAGUUGCUCCAUGGAAGUCUCGAGCCCCAGGAGCGCUUCGACAAAAUCAACUCCAUGAUCGCAAAAUUGAAGAGCUCCCUUGACGUUGAGACCAACUCGAGACGCGAGCUGUCGCAGAGUCCAGACCUUGAGAACAGCAGAAUGAUACGCCAAAGCGAUCUACGGGUGCAGGGUCUGAGCGUGCUAUUAUUGCAUUACUGUUCUGCGCUACAACACGCUCAGGAACAACUCGAACGGCUUACCAACACCACCACCACCACCAACACAACUUUUUCCACAACCUUCACUACCAACAAUAAGAAAAACAACGACAGUGAUGGUGGUAACGGUACCAACAGUGGCUCAUAGCUGUCCCUCUUUCGCUUUAUAAUAAUUAUAUGUUAUACUUAUGUGUCCAGACAAAUCACACUUGCAUUUUUUGCGCAGACGAAAAACAAUUGUUCAUUAUUUGUUUCAUUUUUUUGAAAUGUCUCAAUAAUACGAUUAUGAAUUUUCUGCACUACGCAAGUCAAUUAUUUUCAAGGUAAUAUGCAUAACUUUAUACAUAUUGUGUAGGUAACUGCAGUAUAUACAAUACGUAUAAUACAUAUGUAUACAUAUAAAUAUCUGAUAUAUUGGUACGUACCGAAAUAAUUAUGCCCAACAGUAUGAUUAUUGUGAGGUAAGGUACACACGAGAAUCGUGCCGCGAAUGACAAAAGAUGAUAAGAACGAGAAAUAAUAAAAUGGUUUACAGCGUUACAUUAUUGUUUCGCGCUGAGCACGUAACAAGGGAAUUAUGUACUGUCAAGCAUAGUUUUUAUUUUGUGGCUUCGUUACAUGAUAUACGUAAAAUAAUCAUAAUCAAGCCAUCAUAAUUAAAAACAACGAAUUUGUCUGACAAAUGAUCAUUUAUCUCUCUCGCACCCGUGCAUUCAAAUGGAUUGCAGAUUGCUAUUGACAGCCUAAAACACAGCUGUUCGUUUUGUAUGUAUAUACAUACCCUCCGGCCUGUAUACGGGCAGUAUAAUAAUCGUAUACCAUAUGAUUGCCGGUUGCCAUAACCGGUCCAUAUACUCACCUGGUAACACUUAUCAUACAGGCCGCGUACAGAUUACUCUCCGGCAGCGGUGUAUGGUCCUGAUGGUAUCUUCCGGCAACCGUAAGCUUAUUCUAAUCGGGUAAGUUCUCCCCUAAAAAAUUCAAUCCAAUGGUAUAUAAAAUUUUAAUAUACAUAUUAUAAAAGAAAUUAAUAUUGCUCGGACAAGUUUCAAUUUAUCCGAGUAAUUCGAAUUCUGGUAAAAAUACGAUAAUUUCAUCGAUCAUUGACAGAAACACAAAAUUCGUAAAUUUGCCUUCUAUGAUGUUUUGGGUCAAUAUUAUUUCAUCUCUACGACAAUCCUAGUCGCAACUUGAAUAAAUAGUAGAACCAUGUAGGUAAUUGCCUUCGAAAAACAAAUAUUUUUAAGUUUUUAUCACACCACUUUUCUUAGUUUAUCUCUUUCCAGGGGUCUGAUAUAAAGAGUAUGUUACGUGUGAAAACGUAUUUGACAUAUAAAGCUGGAGACAAUGACGAUUCGUAUGAGCCACGGAAUUAUAAGUACACAACGAAAACAAAAAAUAUUUUCUUUUUUAAUUUUGGUUCUCUCCAAGCAAGUAUAGAUUUUACGAUGAUUUCAUCAAUCGUAAUUGUAAACAUAGUAUUUGUAGAAUUGUAAAAUAAAAAUUCACAUACGUUACGUACAUACAGAUUUAAUCAAGCUGCAAAAUAAUUAUCGGCAAUAGUUGGGAACGUAAUCAACAAAUCUUCAGAUGUACGCUUUAUGUAUGCAUAAAAGAAAAAGAGAGAAAUAUUUCGUACUAUUAAUAUUAUAAAGAUUGCUGGUUAUCAAAGAACACCAAGUAAAAGACUUUUAUCAAAUAAAUUUAGAUGCUUAUUCCGUAAAGAUAUAUACAUAUACAUGUAUUAAUAUGUGGCGCUUGUAAAUAUUUAAGGAUUUAUUUGAGGAUUUUUACUCAGAGACUGUUAUAAUAUAUAUAUAUCUCUCAGUGCUGCUUAUAUUUAUAGUUUUUCUUUCAUCAUUAGCAGUAUUAUUUAACGAACGUUCGUUUGUUUUACAUUUUUAAGAAUUUUAUACAACGAAUACAACAACCACGAUGGAUGUUUUUAGCUAGUUAUCGGUUUAAAUUUUAAAUUAUUAUUAGUAUUAAAAUUAUUGAUAUUUUA